ACAUUCUGAUUUGAUCCCAUUGUCGGGCAAACUUGACCGUCUUUCAGAACUGUUAUCGUUUUACAUUUUCCCUUGGUCUCCAAGUCUGAAAUGUAGUGAUACCAUUGCAGUGUACAUCGCAGUCGUCGGCACGUGCCGACUGUGGUGCAUACUAUACAUAGGAGUCUCUACCACAACAUAAGGCACUCAUCUCUUGAUUCUCAACUUCCACCAUCUUAUGGCUUAUUUUGACGAGGAUUCACACCGUCUUCCGGAGGGUAUAAAGCGGAUUGCAUAUGAUGCUGAUACCCAGCAAUACAUUUUCCGUGACCGCUCCGGCCAACUUUACCAGAAUCCUUCAGGAGAGAAAUACGGUGUUCUGAAACCCGUGUCUGCACCUGCCACUCCCCGCCGUAGUGUGACCAUAACAGAACGCAGAGAUCCCGCCCUCAUCCGUGCCCGGUCUGUCAAGCGCCCUGCAAAGACUUUCGAUGACUUCCUUCCCCCAGAAUACAUCACCAACGCAGAGGUUUCCAGUUCUACACCUGACUCUCCCAGCGAAGGUGUCGCGCGGUUGAACAGGAAUCGUACACUCCCAAAGAUCCCAAAAAUUGUGGAGGUCAUCCGUUCUCGGGCAAUUUCACCUCAGGGGUCGGCAGAUGAUGAUAAACGCUACUUACUUGACGAUCGCUCUGCCAGUCCCACCUCAUAUGCGACUCACGACGAGAAAGGUUUGAGUCGCUCAAAUUCUAACGCGUCUUCUUUUCUGUCAUUGCCUGUUAUCGACACGCAUAUUAAUUUAUCCGACAUGAAGUACUAAAUCUUCGUAUGAACAUCGAAAUCAUUAUGUCACAUGCGUAGCACUACCAUCUUUGCAUAGGAAGUGGUACAUAAAUUGAAUGUAUUUGGCCUGGCGUUGAUGUACCUGUCCCGGUCAGCAUGUAGCACACAGAUUAUCUCCAGCUGCUAAAGUGAUUAAGCUUAAGACUCGGAGUUAUGAUUAUGUCGAUGGAGGUUUGUGUUAGAACAAAAUAAAAUCAAACAAAAUACAACAAACGAAUGACGAAUAAACAAACGAACUGGCCGGUCAACCAAGACUUCACACCAAAUUGAAUGA